AUGGCACAAUUCCCUUUUAGCGAAGUGGAUGUCUCAGUGCAUAAGCUGCAAUGUCUAUACAACAACUGGAGUAGCAUCCCGGACAAGAAUUCAAUCUUGGCCAAGGAGAAAUACUCCCGGAUAAAGGAAGAAAUAAAAUAUCUUAACGAAGACUUAGAUGAUCUAGACAACUCCGUCAAUGUUGUGAAAAAAAAUUUAUUAAAAUUUAAUAUUAGCAAUGAGGAGUUGGAGAACCGAGCCAGUUCGCUGAAAAAUAUUCGAACCGUUCUGAACGAUAUUUCCAGCAACUUGACGUACAAGGUUUUAAACUACAGUGGAGACAUGAAGGGGGAAUACGACGCAGUUGUGCUCAAAAGGCAAGAUAACGAUUUGGACGAACUAGCCGAAUCAGCGGAGCGGCUGCACAACGCCGCCAUUACCAUCAAUACAGAGUUGAAGGAUCAACAAAAGUAUAAAAAGAGUGAAAAGGAAAUAUUUUCAGUUUGGCUGCUUGACGAGUUGGAAAACGAAAUGGAUUACUCAAAUGAAAAAAUGAACUUUGUGACGAAAAAAAUUGCAGAUUAUUUAAAGACAAAUAAUCCGAAAAUGCUAUCCCUAAUAGUCUACCUGACGCUUAUCUCAUUUUUUUUGUUAUUUGUCCUCGUGGUUUCCUGA